AUGGAUAGAUGCAAACAUGUAGGGCGGUUACGGCUCGCCCAGGACCACUCCAUCCUGAACCCUCAGAAGUGGUGCUGCCUGGAGUGUGCCACCACAGAGUCCGCUUGGGCCUGCCUCAAGUGCUCCCACGUGGCAUGCGGCCGCUACAUCGAAGACCAUGCACUGAAACACUUUGAAGAGACUGGACACCCGCUGGCCAUGGAGGUCCGGGAGCUCUACGUGUUUUGCUACCUUUGCAAGGACUACGUACUCAAUGACAACCCGGAGGGGGACCUGAAGCUGCUGAGAAGCUCCCUCCUGGCGGUUCAAGGCCAGAAGCAGGACCUGCCCGCGAGGCGUGGGCGGACGCUGCGGUCCACAGCUGCAGGCGAGGACGUGGUCCCGCCGCAGCGCACUCCUCAGGGACAGCCGCAGAUGCUCACGGCUCUGUGGUACCGGCGCCAGCGCCUGCUGGCCAAGACGCUGCGGCUGUGGUUCGAGAAGAGCUCCCGGGGCCGCGCGCAGCUGGAGCAGCAGCAGCAGGAGGAGGCGCUGGAGCGCAAGAAGGAGGCGGCGCGGCAGCGGAGGCGCGAGGUCAAGCGGCGGCUGCUGGAGGAGCUUGCCAGCGCACCCCCGCGGAAGAGUGCGCGCCUGCUCCCGCAUGCUCCCGGGCCUGUGGCUGUGCGCCCUGCUACCCUCGCUACCUCCCGGCGGGCGCCCAUGGCUGCGCUCAAGCCCCGCCGCCAGCCUGCGGUGGCCCCAGGUGUCACCGGCCUGCGCAACCUGGGUAACACCUGCUACAUGAACUCCAUCCUCCAGGUGCUCAGCCACCUCCAGAAGUUCCGGGAAUGUUUCCUGAACCUCGAUCCUUCCACCUCGGAGCAUCUGUUUCCCCAAGCAACCAACGGGAAAGCUCAGUUCUCUGGUAGGCCAGCCAGCAGCUCUGCCACCGAGUUGUCGGUAAGGAGUGACCAGACACAGGGGUGUGAACCUCGGGGCCUCUGCUGGAACAGCGGAGCCUCCAUCAGCAGGAGCCUGGAGCUCAUUCAGAACAAGGAACCCAGCUCAAAGCACAUUUCCCUCUGCCACGAGCUGCACACCCUCUUCCGAGUCAUGUGGUCUGGGAAGUGGGCGCUGGUGUCACCCUUUGCCAUGCUUCAUUCGGUUUGGAGCCUGAUUCCCGCCUUCCGAGGCUACGACCAGCAGGAUGCACAGGAAUUUCUCUGUGAAUUGCUGCACAAGGUGCAGCAGGAACUUGAGUCUGAGGGUUCCACACGCCGGAUCCUCAUCCCCUUCUCCCAGAGGAAGCUCACCAAGCAGGUCUUAAAAGUGGUGAACACCAUAUUUCACGGGCAGCUGCUCAGUCAGGUCACAUGUAUAUCAUGCAAUUAUAAAUCUAAUACCAUUGAGCCCUUUUGGGAUCUGUCCCUGGAAUUUCCUGAACGCUACCACUGCAUAGAAAAGGGACUUGUCCCUUUGAAUCAGACAGAGUGCCUGCUCACUGAGAUGCUGGCCAAGUUCACCGAGACAGAGGCCCUGGAGGGGAGAAUCUACGCUUGUGACCAGUGUAACAGCAAACGACGAAAAUCCAACCCCAAACCCCUUGUUCUAAGUGAAGCUAGGAAGCAGUUAAUGAUCUACAGACUACCUCAGGUCCUCCGGCUACACCUUAAAAGAUUCAGGUGGUCUGGCCGUAAUCAUCGUGAGAAGAUUGGGGUCCAUGUCGUCUUUGACCAGGUAUUAACCAUGGAACCUUACUGCUGCAGGGACAUGCUCUCCUCUCUUGACAAAGAGACCUUUGCCUAUGAUCUCUCCGCAGUGGUCAUGCAUCACGGGAAAGGGUUUGGCUCAGGACACUACACAGCCUAUUGCUACAACACAGAGGGAGGUUUUUGGGUCCACUGCAAUGACUCAAAGCUGGAUGUAUGCAGUGUCGAGGAAGUGUGCAAAACCCAGGCCUACAUUCUUUUUUACACUCGAAGAACAGUUCAGGGCAGUGCAAAACUCUCAGAACCCCAUCUCCGAGCUCAGGUGCAGUCCAGCAGCAAGGACGAACACAGAACAUACACAUUUCCCUGACUGGUAGGCAUGCAUCAAAUGCCCUUCCAUUUUCCCUCUUGGGAAAUAAGGCUUGCCACAGUAAGAUUACUGGGUUUGCCUCACUGGGUCUAGGGGACACAAUGCCCCGUGAUUCCUGCCCUGUCAAAAAAUUGGUAGUCACUUUCUUUUGAAAACACAUGGAAAUACCCUCCUUUCAUAAAACCAAUCUAAAGGAGUAACUUCUAUGAAGAUUCUCUUGUCAGUUGCUUCUGGAAAACAGAGGGCUCUGGGUAGAGGAGAGGGUAACUGACCAGGCAGGAAGAGCAAUCGUUCUGUCUGCUCUGUCAUGAGUUCCCUACCAAUCGGGACCUCCUCGCGGCAAUGCAGACCAUAUGAGGAGUUACAGAGGCUGGCAGCUGGCCAGAAGGACUGGUUCCAAGGUGAAAGUCACAGGAUUUAUCCACACAAACGAGGUAACCAUCAAGGGUCGGGGCUUGCAGAAUUUCUUCUUAGGAGAGAGUUGAAGAUGGGGUGAAGGGCAUGCAGCAGAUGUCCCCAUGCCAAGUGUGAAGCUUUCACACGGGGCUUCUCCCGAGCUGCCGCUGCCAUCUCAGCACUGCACACUGGGAAGCCAAGGCAUGAGCCAGUCCUUCCUUUUGAAGAGGUGGUCAGAGAAGGAGCCAGAGACCAGUGCAGCACAGUCUGCACAUGGUAAGCCAUGGACACUCCUGACUUCCCAGUCCUGGAGCAGGGCCCUGGCUCAGGUCUGGAACAGUCAUGGUUUGUUUUGGAUUGGUCUUUGGGUCAGUUGUAGAAGCCAUCUCAGAAUGCAGUGAGGGUGAGCAGGGCUUGUCUGACUGCCUGCUGCCCCUGGGGUCUCACCUUAUGUGGCAUGCAGCUUCUUCCUUCCACCCAGAACAUGGGUGUCUGCAAGCUUGGAAGCUUUUGCCUCUCUCAGGUGUGAGCAGUGCUUAGGGACUGACCGUGUGCUUGUGGCCCUUGCCUAUUCUGUUCCCAGUCUGCUAUUUAUUCUCAUCUGCCACUUUGUCCAUGAGGAACAGAGCAAGACUCCCUGUCUUUUACUCUGGUAUUAGUAAAAUCACAUCUUUGAAAUUCAUUCCAUUUCUAAAUGGAAUUCGAGUGCCCAGAGCCUUCCUCCCUAUCAGGCACAGGAAAGCCUUUUUCUCUUUGCAGUGGCCACUGCAGCCUCCCCAGUGAAUGCUCUCUUUUGAUUAAGUAGCUUGUGUUAAUGUUUGAAUUCGGGUAGUACAGUUGUCACUUUAAGGGUGUUGAAGGGGUGGGGAACAGGGAUGGUGAGGCUGAAGGAGGCAGCUGCAUUUCCCAGGCACAUGUGUAGCAUUUACUGCUGCCCUCAUUUGAGGUGAACUCUCCUACAGGCCUGCCAGAUAUCACUAGGACAUGGAAAAAUCAGACAGAAAGUGACUUCCUGACAGGGAUAGCAUGCUAGAUUUAAACUUGCUUUUUUACAACACUGUGAGGUUUCUGUGAUAUUUAGCUUUUAUUUGGAAGCGAUAACGUAUGGCAUUUUUGUGCUGUUUGGUUUUUACUGUCUAUUGCAGGCUUUUUUGUGAGCUUUGCUAGGGCUCCUCCUCUCCUGGGCACUGUUUUAAAGUGUCCUAGUUGCCCACACUGCCUGAGGUUCUAAUGUAAAGCUGUACCCCUGAAGUCCAAUUACUAAGGUGGCAUGAUGGUGAUUGAUUUGUUACCAUGGUAGGAAAGGCCCUUUCAAAAACAAAGCCAGGUGUGGUGGUACACCCAAGUAAGGCCAGCACUUGCUGAGUGCUGAAGCAGGAGGAUCAUGAGUUUGAGGCUACAUUGUGAGACCCUGUCUGAAAAACAAAAAUUAUUUAGAGUAAAAAAAGGAAACAAGACCAGAUUGCUCUUUAAACCCUGUGUUUGUUCUAGAAAGAGAACUUGAAGGCAGAGAAUACAUCUGUCUGCGCAGAGGGGAAACAUAUUAAUCAAUAUAAACACUUAAAGGAACAUUAAAAGAUUCUAAUUCAAUUUUUUAAAAUAGUUUUAGAACAGCUAUCAGCAGGACUGGUAAGCAGAUUAGGGACUUUAUAAAGCCAAUGCUUUGCUGACCUGAACAUAUGAGAAUGAUAAAAUCACUUAAAAUAAUUUGGAACUGAAACCCACUGUCUCCACUUGAGCUAUCCUCAUGAAGGUGCUACUGCAACCACAGACAAUGCAUCAGGCGCCGGAAGCAGCAGCAUAAGUUAGGGAGGUGGUGCUUAGGAUCUUUGUUGCAGAAGAGUUGUGCAGCGUCAGGGCUACUGUGCUGUCCUCUGCCUCUGGUGUUUGUGCACAGCCAAAGCAGAGCGCAUGUCAGUUGCAUCACACUGAAACAUUCUAGAGAGAAGAAACAGACAGACCUUAGCUAGCUGACUCCAGGUCAAAUGCCAGGUGCUGCUCUCCCAGCAGCAGUCUCAGGCUGUGAACCCUUUGUCAUUGGCUGGUGUGUUUACUUACUGCUGUAGCCAGCCAAGAUGGAUACACCUCAGCCCUCAAAAAUGACUUUUUACCUCAGUCUAGCCUAGCCCUCAUGCUUGUGAUUGCCUCUAAGAGCAGCACCCAUUAUAGUGCAAAAGUAGCAGGGAUCCCCUUGGCACCAGGAACUGCAGCUCUCAUCACACGGCCAGCAGAGCUCUUGCCAGCUUUAAUCCAGCCCCUCUGCCUGCUAUGGGAGGGCAGUGCCACAUGGUAAAGAACUUCUAGAUGUCUCUUAAAACGUCAUGAAUAAAAUUUGAAACUGUAGAAGUGUUAAUGUGUCCUAUGGACUCAAUAGCAGAGUUUAUUUUUGUUCACAAUGGCAAGGCUUCUAGAGUCCAUGAUUGUAUGAGUUCCCUACUCUGGCUAUCUAUGCCUUCAGCUCUAUCCACAUUCAGGGGAAGAGCCAAUGAGGUGGACUGGCUGGCAGUGCCCCAGAGUAAGCUGAGAGGUCAGUAGUUGCACAGAAUGAAAAUUUGCAGUAGGGGACUUGGGGAGGGGAGGGGCAAAAAAGAUCUCAAAUUUGUUUUACUGAUGAAGCUUUGUGAACUAAUUUUAUACAAUUCAUAAAAUUUGGUGCCUUGUACUUAAUUAUGGUUUGCAUGAGAUUGAGAAAGGGAAGGGUUCCUUCUUGUUAUGUCGUAUGGCAGUUGGUUCUGUAGUGUUUAAAGGACAUGUGCUAUCAGAUUUUUAGAGCAUUCCUAUCUCUUAUGUAUGAAUGCGAUUGUUCUUACCAGCAAGUUCUAGAGUUUUAAUGCCCAAAUUGUAUUUGUAAUCAUUCAUCAAAUGGCUGUCUUUCAAGGCAGGCAACACACACCACUGUUGUUCAUUGUUCCUUGUAUAUGCCAAACAUUAAUUCUGGCCUUUUCUGGAAGGUGACCCUUUCCUGAAUGUGGAUUUCAUCUCUAUCUGGGGUUGCAGCUUAUGUGUGGAAGGGUUUCCAGUUAGUUGGGAGAGCACAAAUGAUCAGAAAAGCCUUUAUCUAAAUCAUGGCUAAAGCUGGCAAUGGAAUCAACAUGAAUUCUGGGGUCUUUCUGCACAAACCAUCUCAGGAGGCAGUGUAAAAAUCAGUCUCCUACAUGUGACCCUUUAGACUGUAAGAGAAACCAGUACAUUGUAAUAUGCAGAGUGAAUGAUGUAAAAAUGAUGUCUCUGUCACCAUCACCCUCUCCACUUUCUGGGCAAAUGCCAACUGGGAUGCUGCUAAGUGGCUGUAGAAGGUAGUGAGCCUCAGUCUGUUUUGCCAGGGCUGGUCAGAGCCAGUUCUUUCACUCCAACCUUAAGUUUCUGCUGAGCUUGUUGAGACUUCACCGAAGGUGUUUAUAAGCUCACCAUUCAAAGCACACUUGGUAACUGGGUCCUUUGAUCUAGUUCCUAGACUAAUUAGGUGAAGUUGUAUCCUUGGGGUGAAAUUUUCUAGAGUCACUUGCUUUACUUUUUAUUUUUAAACCAGCUAAGUGUGCAUCUCACAGGUAGUUAGUUCUUUAUGUCAGUGCUAAAGCUGAGAAGCGCCUCCUCAGGACUGUGAGCAUCAUCUCUCUUCCACAUUCCUAUCUGCUGAGUCCUGGUCUGUCACUUUCCUACUUGCUUGUCAACCCACACACCGGGGCAAGCUUAUGAAGCAAGUGAUCACUUUUGUGAAAUCUGUCUAUACUUACGUUGGCAUGUUUCACUUAAAAUAUAACUAGCUGCUGGGGAAAUGGCUCAUUGCUAGAACACUUAAGGCCCUGGUUUCCAUCCGGCUCCACUAAACCGGCUUAAAUGAAACUGCCAAAUCAGCUUUAUGGCUUCAAAAAGCAACAGUAAAGUUACUUGAAAUUAAACCUUAAAAUUUUAGUGAAAUUUCCUUUCAAUUAUGCUUUUGAAAGCUAUUGCAAAUUAAUUAUUCAUAGAAUCUGGAAAAAGGGGGCUUUGAGGGGAGGUUGUUUUGUUUUGUUUGUUGGAGAUAGGGUUUCUCUGUAACAGAACCCUGGUACAGACUAGGCUGGCCUCCAACCCACAGAAAUCUGCCUGCCUCUGGCUGGGAUUAAAAGCUUGUGCCACCACGCCUGCUUAGAUCCCAGUUUUUAACUUAGGAAAUUGUUUCAUUAAAUAGAACUGCUCAGUUUUAGGAUCAUAUAGCAGGCUGCUAUUUCCUAGCUUAGCCAGGGUCAUGUGGGAUUCUACAUCUAUGACACAGCUUAAGAAACCACUUCUGGGCUGGAGAGAUGGCACAGAGGUUAAAAACACUGCUUGCUUCUCCCGAGUUCCUGAGUUCAAUUCCCAGCAACCACAUGGUGGCUCACAACCAUCUAUAGAGAUCUGGUGCCUUCUUCUGGGGUUCAGGUGUACAUGCAGACAGAACAUUCUAUACAUACUAAAUCUUUUUAAAAAAAGAAAAAGAAAAGAAACCACUUCCUAGUCACCUUUUGAGGCUUUGAAAGUAAUGGCUUCAAACCUAAACCUUAUCCUUGUGUUCAUAUUCAUGGCCCUGUCUCCCCUUUAAGACAUAGUCUCACUGGGUAGCCCUGGCUAGCCUGGAACUUACUAUGUAGACCAAGCUGGCCUCAGAGAUCCAUAUGCCUCUGGUAUUAAGUGUGUGGCACCAGGCCCAGCCUGUCUUCCUCUUAAUAAUAUCUAAAAUGAGCUUUUCAGAGUAUCAGGCACUACAGAGCCUGGAAUCCUAACAUGUACCUGGCAUCCUAACUGGCUCGUGGAAGCAGCACGAUACAGUUCAUGGCCGUCUUCAACUAUGUAGUUAAGUUUGAGGCCAACGUGGGGUACAGAGACCCUGUCUCAAAAAACAACUUCUAAUUGCCCUCUCUUAAAUUAUUUUGUGGGUCAAAUUCAAGAGUUUCCUACAGUGAGCUAUACUCCUAGGCCCUAGAAAACUGCUGAAUGAAUAUACCAGCAGAUCCAGGAAGGCAGCUUUAUCCUGUUCACCUUUAGUGAGCUGCUAUAAGUAACAUCUAUAAUAGUCAAGAAGCUGUGGCCCAGUUAUACCAAUCCUUUCUCACUCAUGCUCUGUAAUCCAACACCAGUUCUAAGGGGCCUGGCUCAGAAAAGCAGUUUUUAAAUGUCCAGUCAAUUGACUACAUGAAAUUACACAGAGCCUUUUUCCAUGGCCACAGGAGACUUUCCAUGCUGGUUCUUCACAUACUCGAAAGAACAGACAGUUGCAUCGGCAGAAAUCUUGGGGUAAGAAGCAUCUUUCUGUGCAGGAAGCUGCUUCCUUGUGGAAGCUUGCUUCCACUGACACGUUUGCCACCACCCACAGAUUGAUGCCCUUUUCUGCCACCAAAUCUUACUCUGUUCCAGCAUCAAUGCCUUCCAGAUGUCUGGAAAAACCCACCCAGCACACUAAAAUGCAAAAACCACCAACCUCUUCCUCCAGGAAACUCAAUCAGUUAUGUGGCACGUCUGCAUCCCCAUGGAGUAGAUGGUUCUGUUCCCAUUUCUUUUUUGUUUUUCCUUUUCUUUUUAAAUGAGGCAAAUCAUUUCCAUUGCAAUCCAUGUUUGGGGCUCAUUUCUGUCUCUUGAGUGUGAAAUACAAAUCAUGUUUUUUUUGAUUUUUGUAAACUGACUUUUUACACCUUGUUUUUGUAAGAAGUUUCUUAUUAAAAGAAUAAA